AUGUCCACUGAAAUUGAAGAAGCUACUAAUGCCGUAAACAACUUGAGCAUCAACGACUCUGAACAACAGCCAAAGGUCCCAACCCACAAGACAGUAAUUGAUCCUGAAGACACAAUCUUUAUUGGUAACGUUGCACACGAAUGUACCGAAGACGACCUCAAGCAAUUGUUUGUGGAGGAAUUCGGGGUUGAAGUCAGCGUAGAGAUCCCAGUGAAGGAGCACACCGACGGCCAUAUCCCAGCUAGUAAACACGCUCUCGUCAAGUUCCCAUCCAAGAUUGAUUUCGACGAUGUCAAGAGCAAGUACGACACCAACGUGGUUAAGGACAGAGAGAUUCAUAUCAAAAGAGCUAGAACCCCCGGCCAAAUGCAAAGAGGUGGUUUCAGAGGAGGUAGAGGCGCCUUCAGAGGCAGAGCUGGUUUCAGAGGCGGUUUCAGAGGUGCCUUCAGAGGCGGUGCCAGAGGUAGAGGUAACUUCAGGGGUAGAGGUGGUGCCAGGGGUGGUUUUAAUGGCCAAAAAAGGGAAAAGAUUCCGUUAGACCAAAUGGAAAGAUCAAAGGAUACCUUAUACGUCAAUAACGUUCCAUUCAAGGCCACCAAAGAAGAAGUUGCCGAAUUCUUCGGUGCUAACGCCGACUCCAUCUCUUUACCAAUGAGAAAAAUGAGAGAUCAACAUACCGGUAGAAUCUUCACUUCCGAUUCUGCCAAUAGAGGUAUGGCCUUUGUCACUUUCGAAGGUGACAACAUCGAUAUCGAAGCUAAGGCUGAAGAGUUCAAGGGUAAGGUUUUCGAUGACAGGGAAUUGACUGUUGACGUUGCCGUUGUCAGACCAGAAAAUGAAGAAGAAGAAGUUGAGCAAGAAUCUGGACCUGAAGAAAAUCAAGAAUGA